AUGGCGGCUGAUGAAAGUGACAGCGAUCUUAAGCCAUCGAGUGUUGCGAUCAUCAGAGAAGUAUACGACAGUGAAAAUGCCCACAUCAAAUUUGAAAUGGAAUUGGAAAGAGCACUUGAGGCCGGCGUGAGCGUGAUCGUAAUAGAACCAGAGCCACUAGGCGAAGAGACAGCUCGAUGGAUUUAUGUAGGAAACCUAUUGCAUGAAGUCGCAGUAUACAGUGGAUUAUGCAGCAUCGCCUCAGGUUUAGCUUGGAGUUCACUGGCGUGUGCUCCGUUCGGCGUAGUCUCAGUUCUCUGUUCAGGUUGUUACACACUGUCAUGGCAAUGGGAUCCCUGUUGUAAAUACCAAGAAGAAAAAGACCGUAGACAUUUAGCCACUCUGCCAGUUAUGAGUGAUCUCACAUCAGCCUCGCCAGUCGUACUUGUCCGCAAAGACAAUAGAAGAAAGAUACUAAUACAUAACUCAGUGUCCGUUGCAGCAGCUGCCAUUUGCCUGUGGAGAUUAUAUCAAACCUUCAAAUAGGUGUGUAAUCCCUUACAAGCAAGGACUUAUGCAAUAAUGCCUUCUUAGAAUCCAGUAGAUUCUCAGUUGUGAAAAGAGUUAAAAGUAGAACUAAUUUUUUAGUGCUUACUAAUGCAUUCUUUCUGAAGUCCAAUACUGUAAUUAAAUAAUUUGUAGGAAGCAGCCACUG